AUGUCAACAACAGAGAACACAACAACAGUUAUAGUCCAUGAAGCUAUAAAUGAAGAAUACGAGUACAUACAGUUUAACAAACAGUUACGUCUCAUUCGUUCGGUCAAAGACGAUCUCGUAGUCGCAAAAACUCGAGUGGGAGAAAAACCCCAGUCGCCAAAACUCUAUGAAAAUCGUGAAAAAUUGCCAAACGGUUUGAGAGGAUAUUAUGUACAUAGACUUCUUGUAAAUGCUGUUGCAAUGUGGGCUUCGCCUCGUUAUGCUUGGUAUAUUUACAGACUUCUUGACGAAAUUCAUAGACAAGAACGUGAAGAGAUGGAAAAGAAACUUCAAGCAAAAGACAAAAGCAUUCAGAAAAGAAUACCACGUUCGGUACCAAAAGGAAAGGAAAAGAACUAUAAGUAUAUGAUUUAUACUGAAGAGAUGGAAAAUGAAGAAGAUAAAGAUAUGGUUAUGUUGCAUUUAGUCAGAAGAAACAACAAAAGCUUUUACGACCUUGCUAAGAUUUACAAAUCUGACAGAAAUUGGUUCUAUCGCGAAAACUUACCGAUUUCAAUGACCCCAAAUGAAGAUGUGAAACAAAUAGUUCAAGCUACGUUACCUCAAACACACUAUGAUAUGAAAGGUUGUACAAUACUUACCUUCAAAGAAGACUUACCGCUACUGAAAGAAAAAAUAACAGAGUAUUUUGACAACUUCAAACAAGCAGAGUAA